UUCAAUCAUUGUUCAUCACGACUGACUUAAUCGCUCGAUUAAUCAUCGUUGGAUAGUAAUCGGGUAAUCUUGUGUAAUUCAAUCAAUUGUCCAAGUUGCGGUACGUAUUCACUUCCAUUUAUUUUUUUUUAAAGGGUUUUAAAACUUUGCAAUACAAGAUAAUUUUCUUAUUUCGUCUGCUUCUCUCUUUAAGGCGGCCAUGAUUGUUACAUUAGAUAGUCAUUACGAUGUAGGUUUAUUUCAAGUCAAAUUGCGGGCUAUCAAUGGAUAUAACUUGGUUAAUAAAAAGUUUAGUCAUCAUCAUUAAAAUAUAAUAUUCCAUUGUAAAAUUUUAAUUUACAAUAAAUUUUAAAAUAUUCAAAUUCAAGUAGGCCUUAACGGGCCUACAUGGCUAGUGCUGACCUAGGACUACGGUUGCAUAUAGAGUAUAUACUAGUAUCAUAUAGCAUAAAUACGUAACGUUAACAGAUACAAUAAAUUUAUUGUUUACUUACGGUAUAACUUUAUAGCCAUAUUAUAACGUUUAUGAUACAUUAAUUUUCAUUGAUAUUUCUUUAUAACUUUGUAUCUUAAGUUACUCAGCUUUGCUAACUUCCUAGAAAAUGUUGCGGUCUAAAAGAAAGAGCAAGUCACCGUACGCCAGGCCAAAUGCUCAUCCGGCUCUCAGGGCCCUUAAUCCGGCAACCACAGCCACCCAAACCCAAGCAGGCCCGAGCAGGCCCACGCAGGCAGCGGUCAAGUUUGUGUCCACUCAACCUCAAAAUCAAGAGCAUCAGCUACCAGUCGAUGAUCCCACAACCAGUGAGCAGACUGCAGUACCGCUACCUUCCAUAGCGCCAUCAAUCCCUCUGUCAACUUCAGGUCCCAACACCACGGUCUGGAUCAUUGGUUCGUCAAUUAUCAAACAUGCAUCCCAUCACGCUGUCCAACAAUUUGGAAACUUACACCUAGACCUUCAGAAACAUAAUAUCACAGUAUAUUGGCAUGGAAAGAGUGGUAUGGUCUGGGAGGAUGUAGAGCCCACAAUUACAAAUAUCAUUGAACAAAGAGGCCACCCAGAUUGGGUAAUGUUACAUUGCGGGGGCAAUAGUAUUGGGACCAUGCCCUUGCUAAGACUGCAAAAAUUCAUGAAAUUAACCGUUGUUAACCUACAAACAAUUCUGCCGAAUACAAGAUUCAUAUGGUCCCAGAUACUCCCACGAAAUUACUACAGACAUAUGUUAUCAAAUAUUGCCGGUGAGACCCUCGAAAAAGAAUUAACAAAUCAUUAGCCCCAUUUAUUGUCAAGCGUAAGGGCGCCUGCUUAAAGUACCCUGAUCUACAACAAUGUUCACCAAAAUAUUACCGUGAUGGUGUACAUUUGUCUGAUACUGCUCAGAAUACAUUUUUGAAAACCAUACGUGCUGGCCUCCUAAACAUACUACAUAAUAAUGUUAAAGUUUAUGCUAAAUCCCACGCCGAGUAAUUCCGCAGUCUUAUUGUCAUGGCAUUGUGCAAAAUUUUGACCGCUUGUGGCGGAUGUCUUCAUGCAUCAUAUCAUAGUUUUUAUAUACAUGAAGACAUAUGGCCGAAUUUUGCUUAAGCCUGCCCCGGAUUCUGUUUACUUCCAGGUCCGUGGCCAAUAAUCGGGCUUACUUUAAUUGACACUUUGUUUCAUUCAGACAUUGAUUGACAGUGAGUCAUUGAAUACACUGAGUAAUUGAAUAAUUCUAUUGAUACAUUGCAGUGGGUUGAUUGUCAUCAUUGAAUACAUUGAGUAAUCAAUUAAAUUGAUACAUUGAUUGUCAUAUUGAGACAUUCACUAAAGCAAAACAUUGAUUAUACUUUAUUGAUUUGCAUAUUGAUUGAUUGAUUGAAAUAUUGUUUGAAUUAUUGAUUGAUUGAUUUUAUUGAUUGAUUCAUCUUGAUUGAUUGAUUGUUUGGUUCAUUGAAGAUCUAACAUCAUAACUACCCAAAAGUCGAUGUUGAUCAUUUAACUUACUCUAUUGCUAUAUUUGCAAUAUUUUGCAUACAUUUGAAUAGUUUAUGAUGUACUGAUAUAUUAAAAUAAAGCCAUGACAUAGACUGCCAA